AUGAAGUGUUUUAUUAAAGGGCUAGCAAUCCUCUCAAUUGCUUUAAAGGCUGUUUCUGCUGACUCAGAAGUAACAUGCAGCGAAGAUAGUCAUUGUCCGGAAGACAAGCCAUGCUGUAACCAAUACGGUACAUGCGGAUCUGGUUCAUUUUGUUUAGGAGGUUGUAAUCCUAAAUUCUCAUACAAAAAAGAGGCAUGCAUGCCUUUGCCUGCUUGCCAGAACUCCGAAACUGUUUUCAGUAAUUAUAAAUCAAAGUUAGCUAGCGCAUAUACCUAUUUGGGUGAUUACACUAAGGCGAACUGGACUUAUGAAGGUUACCCAAUGGACUAUGAUGAUGAAAAUGCUUUGAUUUUGGCUAUGCCUAAAAAUAGCGGUGGUACCGUGUUGUCAUCUACCAGAUAUGUUUGGUACGGUAAUGUUAAAGCCAGGUUUAAGGCUUCUCAUGGUGGUGGUGUUGUUAGUGCGUUCAUCAUGUUUUCUUCUGUCCAAGAUGAAAUUGAUUACGAAUGGGUCGGUGUUGAUACUCAAAAGGUUCAAACCAAUUGGUACUGGCAGGGUGCUUUGAACUAUACCAACUCCAAGAAUCUGACUGCCACUUCUUACGAUGAUGAUUACCAUGUGUAUGAAAUCGAUUGGAAGGAAGAUGCGGUCACAUGGCUCGUUGACGGUCAACCUGGCAGAACACUAUUUAAAAACGAAACAUACAAUGAAACCAGCAAACAAUACAACUAUCCACAAACGCCAGCUAGAAUCCAGCUGUCUAUAUGGCCAGGUGGUAAUGCUACUAAUGCCCCAGGUACAAUCGCAUGGGCUGGUGGUUUGAUUGACUGGGAUUCUCAAGACAUACAAGAGAAUGGUUACUACUACAGUAUUGUCGAAAGUGUUAACAUUACUUGUUAUGAUCCACCGGCUGGCGUCAAGAAAAACGGAACCCAAGUUUACCAAUACACUGGCGAUGAUGAUUAUAUGGAAGGCGGCGUUUUCUUGAGUAAUGCAAACACCGUGUUGAAGGAUUACGACAACUCCGGAUUGGACGAUAACACUCCAGACAAGAAGUCCUCAUCUUCAUCCUCAUCUUCCGCAACCAAGACAUCAUCGUCGUCGUCAUCUGCCUCGACAUCCUCCUCGAAGUCGGACUCGAAGUCUCAAACCCAAACUCAAGCCAAGUCUUCAUCCACCACAGAAUCCAAUGAAGGCCACCAGGCCGAUAACAGUUCUGCAGUAUCGGAAACUGCCGAAUCAACUUCAUCAUCAUCAUCUGCUGCUGUGACAGGAUUUGUUCAAAACAUGGCAACUGCCAGUGCUUCGGGAAGCACAACCGCUUCAGGAUCUCCAUCCAAAGCUGCAGGUAGCAAUAACACGCCUUUCAGCUUCGGCAUGAGUUUGGUCUCAUUAUUGUUCUUCUUUAUUUAA